AUGAGCAACCCCGUCGCCCGCCCCCUCGCCCAAGGGAUCCAUGCCGACCUUAUCCUCGCGCCUGUCGGGGCGUCGUCGCCCUCCGUCGAUGCCUUGGCGCCGCCGCAGUGGAUAGACGUAGCCGAUAGUGCUGUAGCGGCAGCGGCACGGCGUCUAGUCUUGAAGAUUGUCGUCGCGCAAAAGAAUGGUGUCUCGCAAGCGCGUCGACCGCACGAUGUCGUUCGCGAAGUGCGAGUGCUGGAGAAGGCCCGCCACAGCAACAUUGUGCCGCUACUGUCAUACGAGUUCAACGCGGCGCUCCUCGAACACACCCUCACCUUUCCACUGCUCGCACUGACUCUGACCGACCUGUUGGCGAGCGAGGUGGCGUGCAGACAUGUGGUGGACCUGUUUGCCUAUACAGCCAAGGGGGUGUUUGCCGCUCUACAGCAUCUCCACUCGCUCGGCCUGGCACAUCGCGAUAUCAACCCGGCCAACAUCAUGGUCGACUGGCACGGUGUCCCGCGGCUCAUCGACUUUGGGACGGCCUGGGACCCCAAUAGACGAGGCGAUGACGGUCACGGGGGCAUGAGCUGUGCUGUCGGAGCAGGACCCUACCGCGCGCCUGAGCUCCUGUUCUCGCCACCAACAUACGACGCCCAAGCUGUUGAUCUGUGGGGAGCUGGUGUCUCGUUGGCCGAGUUCUUUCGCCCACGCGGCACGCGUGCGAGUAGCGUCAGCGACUUUGGCGGCAGCGACACGAGCGACAGUCCAGACCCAAGCCAGUUCGAGCCACCAGACCUCACCGGUCUGCAGUUGACCCAGCCGCCUGCUGUACUGUUUUCCUCACAAUUUGGCGAACUGGGCCUCGCAGCCAGCAUUUUUAGGUUGCUAGGCACCCCGACCCAUGACUCGUGGCCGAGCUUCUCGUCGCUGCCAGAUGCGGGCAAGAUGCCGUUCGACGUGCAGCCUGCGCGCCUGUUACGAGACGCCCUCGAGCUGGACAACAGCGUGGGCACAAGCAGCGCAGGCACUGCCAUUGUCGAUUGUUUGGAAGCGCUCGUCCGCCUCGAGCCGGCGGCAAGGCGCAGUGCUACCGAGACACUGCGUGUUCUGGAAUGUGUCGCACAGAACGAGGUGGCAGGUGUUCUCCAACCUUUAUUGGAAGCCACUGCCACGCAGUAUCGCGUCUAG